AUGUCCGACCUCUACCUCUCCCGUAUCCGUAACUGGUUCCUCAGUUCGCCGCCAGCAGAAUGGGCCAUCAACCGCCUUAGAGACACUUUGAUAGGAUCAUUGAGCCAAGGACCUAUCCCAGGCCAUGUCGCUUUCGAAAUGGACGGCAACCGAAGAUAUGCCAGAAGUCACAAGAUCGAGACAGUAGAAGGCCAUCACCUCGGCUUCGAGGCUCUGGCCCGGGUUCUGGAGAUUUGCUACAAGUGUGGUGUCAAGGUGGUCACCGUCUAUGCUUUUAGUCUGGAAAACUUCCACCGGCCCAAGUAUGAGGUCGACGGCCUGAUGCAACUGGCCAAGGUGAAGCUCGAGCAACUCAUUCAGCAUGGGGAGCUGUUGGACAGAUACGGUGCUAGUGUCAAGGUAUUGGGGCGUCUUGAUCUGAUCCCCCCAGAUGUUCUCGAAGUGGUGGAAAGAGCGGUCGCUGCUACCAGUCACAACACAACAUGUGUUCUCAACAUUUGCUUCCCCUACACUUCGCGGGAAGAAAUGACAACAGCCAUCAGAACGACUGUAGAAGAAUAUUCAACCACCCCUCGGCCACACAGCACCCCAUUUUCGCAGAGCAGAAUUACGCAAAAGAUCUUGUCCAAACAGGGUGACAAACCAGAGACUCUGGAGUCUAUUGAAGAGACCCCCUCUCAGUCGGACGACCACGACCAGGAUGAUGCCGUGUCGACGGCUACCACCCUUCGUUCCGAUCCAUCUACGCAAAAGUCGGAGGGCUCGGAAAACGUGGCCAUCUAUCCAAACGCGGAGACAAUCACGCCCGAGACAAUCGAUAAGCAUCUCUACACUGCCGGGUGCCCCCCGCUUGACAUAUUCGUGCGAACCAGCGGCGUGGAGAGACUGAGUGACUUCAUGCUCUGGCAGUGCCACCAGGACACGCAUAUUUUCUUCCUCAAGUGCUUCUGGCCUGAAUUUGAUCUCUGGCACUUCCUGCCUGUGCUGGUAGAAUGGCAGCACAGACAAAAGCAAAAGCAACGUGACGAGAAGCCUAGGCGGGUGAAACAGGCUUGA